AUGUUCCACACUCCUAUUGUGCCUUUUGCUAGGAAAAGAUCAAGACCAGUGGAAGCCGCUGUUCCCAGACAUGAUGUGGUGAAGUUUAAAGAUGUCAGACUGUACCUGGUGGAGAGAAAAAUGGGAUGCAGCAGGAGAAACUUUCUGACCCAGCUGGCCAGAUCUAAGGGCUUUAUUGUGGACGACAAUCUAAGUGAUGAGGUCACUCAUGUGGUGUCAGAGGACAGCCGAGCCUCAUCCCUGUGGAAGUGGCUAAAGGAAUGUGCCCCUAAGAAUCUACCCGGGGUGAAUGUGUUGGACAUCAGCUGGUUCACCGACAGCAUGAGAGAGGGGAGACCUGUUGCUGUGGAGACCAAGCACCUCAUUCAGAUCCCCCUGCCCACAGAAGGUUCUCCACUCACUCCUGUGGCAACCGUUUCUCGGUACGCCUGCCAGAGACGGACAACCCUGGAAAACCAUAACAAGAAAUUCACAGAUGCUUUUGAAGUGCUGGCAGAGAGCUAUGAAUUCAACAACAUGGAGCGUCCAUGUCUGGCUUUCAGGAGAGCUACGUCUGUUCUGAAGAGUCUGCCCUGUGCGGUGCGGUGCCUGGGGGCUACACAGGACCUGCCCUGCUUGGGGCAGCACACCAAGAAAGUGAUUGAGGAGGUCCUCCAAUGUGGCCGUUCGUUUGAAGUCGAGGAAUUGCUCUCUGAUGAAAGGUAUCAGACUUUUAAGCUGUUCACAAGUGUGUUUGGGGUUGGACCGAAGACGGCGGAGAAGUGGUUCUGCAGAGGGCUGCGCUCAUUCAGUGACAUUCUGACAGACCACAGCAUUCAUCUAAACCGGAUGCAACAAAGUGGUUUCCUGCAUCAUGGAGACAUCUCCAGGGCUGUCAGUGCAGCCGAGGCCCGGUCCCUGAGGAGCGUUAUUGACGGAGCUGUCCACUGCGUCACGCCGGCCGCCACAGUCGCUCUGACAGGUGGCUUUCACAGGGGAAAGGAGUUCGGUCAUGACGUAGAUUUUAUCGUGACCACACCUGAGCUGGGGGAGGAGGAGAGUCUGCUACCCAACGUUAUUGAUGAGCUAAAAAAGCAAGGCAUUCUUCUGUACUGUAAUUACCAGGCCUCCACCUUUGAUAUGAGGAAGCUUCCAAACCACCAUUUUGAGGCCAUGGACAACUUCGCAAAGUGCUUCCUGAUCCUGCGGCUGGAGAGCAGUCAGGUGGAGGGGGGUCUCCACUGUGCUGAGGGGGACAUCAGGGGCUGGAGGGCGGUGCGCGUGGACCUGGUGUCGCCGCCUGUGGAUCGAUACGCCUUCGCUCUCCUGGGAUGGACUGGAUCCAGACAGUUUGAGAGAGAUCUGAGAAGGUUUGCACAAGUGGAGCGAGGGAUGAUUCUGGACAACCACGCCCUGUACGACAAAAAAAAGAAAGAGUUCCUGGCAGCUUCGACUGAAAAGGACAUCUUUGCCCAUCUGGGUCUGGAGUACAUGGAGCCCUGGCAGAGGAACGCGUAGGCCUGCUCUUCCCUGGCUGGAUCACACCCUCUGCGUACAUCACUGUUUGUCCCAUCUGCUUCCCGCUCUGCCGUGAUUCACUUUCAAAAUGCUUUUGAUUUCCAUACAGUUUUGUUCUGUUAUUGUGUAUG